AUGUUCCAUGUUAUUCUUGCAGUUGGUUUCUCAUUCGUGUAUAUUAUACAUUCCGUUCCAUGUGUGAUGGCGCUCGAUCAAGAACAGCCCAUUGACAUAAAUGGAUCUCUAUUUGUUAAGCCGGGAGUAGGAAAAACCUUUCGUGCGUUACACUUCCCAAACGCGACGCGUACCUUCAAACUACGUGGUAAUCAAACUAACAAUCUAUUCACUUUGAUUGAAGGCAAAAUUCAAAUCGGCGAAGGCCCUAAGCUGCAUGUUCACCAUAACGAAGACGAAACUUUUCGUGUAAUCAGGGGUCAAUUGCAAUUCAUUAUCGGCAAUGAAACAUUUUGUGCUCCGACUGGUUCCGUUGUGUAUGGGAGGAGAGGCAUUAAUAUGUCUUUUAUAAAUGUGGACUCACCUGAUGCGUACAUAGAAUUUUUAUUCUCUCCAUCAGGUAUUGAACAUUAUUUUGACGAAGUAAGUGUUGUUUACACUACUGUACCAUAUAAUGCUAGUGAAGCCGAUGCGGUUGCCAACAAGUAUGGUAUGGAUAUGUUUGGUUUUCCUAAUUGGAAAGAUAUCGGAUGCAUCACGCCAAAGACAAAUGAUGCCGCAUGUAUUUCAGUUUCGUUUCUUUUUAUGUUUUGUAUUUUUUCCACAUUGUUCAUGUUUAUGAAUAUAAUAAAAAUCUUCGAAUAGAAUCAAGUAAACAUUCAUUUUUAUUUCUUGAUCAAGAGAACACUGCUUCGUUCUAGCAAAGACGACAAAAAGAAGCAAACGGCUAACUAUCGUGUGAUUAGAUAGGGUUUGGGUGUGAGUUUUUCUCUACUCACACUCACACCCGCCCACCCCCACACCCAGCCACCAACUCACACCCUAAUUUGUUUACCAUCAUUUUUCCCGAGAAAUUAUAAGGUGAAUAUAUGCGAACAUCACAUUCAGAAUCUCUUGGCAUAUUCAGGCAGACACUCAUACCCAUCGUGGCUGUCAAAAAGGAAGAAUUGCUUGUAGCAGCAUGAGCCAAAUCGAAUACGAUUCAAGAUUUCCUUAUUCGCUUCUUUCUCAAACCAAUAUAUAGUAUUAUUAAUGGUUUCAAAAAUACAUGUGUUGGAAAUUAUGAUAUUUAGCAUAAAUGUUUCUUAGUUUAGAUUCAACCAUUGUAGAAUUUAACUGGAGAACAUAAGAAUGCAAGCCUUUUUUGGUGUUUAUUGGAAUGCCAAGGUUGCCGUUGCUUUAUCUUGUGAUGAAUAUAUUGAGUCAGCAGCAUCGAUAUAUGCUCUAGAUAUUUUAGGAUUAGUUUUGGGUAACUUCGGUGCUAAUUUACAUAAUAGUUCCCUCUUGGAGGCAUCAUUAUUAAUAUUUUUAAUUGCAUAUAAUAACAUACAAUAAUCUACUAGUUGCAGAUAUCGACUGUUCAUCAAGUCUUUGUAAAAAUUAGACUUAUCUCCGUCAGAAUAUAUUUCUUCGGUAGCUUCGAUUAUAAUGGAGAAAUGUUGAGCGAUAAAUUGCUCGCGAGAGAGCAGCGUUUUAAGACUGUUGGCUUUGUAAUUAUCACUUCUGAUAUCAUGUAUUAAUUCUACAGUUGUUUCUAGCUGUUUAUUAGACAACGACGAGCGUUUUAAAACGAGUUGUAGCAACUCAUAUUUUUCUUGAUCAGAAUAUAUGGUUAUAAUGCAUUCCACAAUGUCGGCAAGCAUCUUAUCUGAUAGAUUAUUAAUGCAAAGCAAGUGUUGAAGCAAUUUUGCCUUUUCUUCAUCAGAACUGAUGUUAUUGGCCAACUCGAGCUGUGCAUAAAACGUUGGUGGAGGCUUGGCAGUAGCUGUACCUAAAAAAAGUUCUAUCCAAUCAUUAAGGAUCUCCCCUCCCCCUCAGGAAUCGCUUUUCGUUAUUCGUAGACCGAUUCGUCUAAAAUUUUUAGGCAAUAUGGGUGUUGUGUUAACUCAAUUUUUUGCUUUAAAGAGUUAUUGACAAAUUAGUCCCCAAAUGGUGGUUCUCGCAAGGUACCGAUUUUUUCGAACUGCCAAAGACGUAUAGAGCUACUUUUUUUUUAAAUAAAAGAAGAAACCUAUGUUUAGAAAUGUAUGCAGCGUUUUUUCGAAUUCGAUUUUGUUCGGAUUUCCGAGACAGUCUACUACAAGAACUCGGAAUUUAGUGCAUUUUGACAUCAGUGUUAUCCAGUUAUCUUGGCAAACAAAUCGAAUUUCGA